AUGGCCGAAGUCUACAAGCUACCUGGCCAUAAAGUCGACGUCAAGCUCCUUGUCUUUGAUCAUGAGAUUCAUUGCCAUUCAUUGAUGCUGAAGCUUGGUUCGGCUUAUUUCAGAAAAUUCCUCGACUCAGCAGACAAACCCCCAGCUCCUGCGAAUGCAACUUUCAGAUACGAAUACGUUACCAUUCAAGAUACCCCGAAGAUGUUCCAAGCCUUGAAGUCGCAUCCAAGAGGUGAUAAGCCUGUCGACACUGAAUCCGACCAUUGGUACAUUGCUUUCAAACAUAUGACUGAUUGUAUGUACGGGAAGUCCUUCACACUCGCCAGUUUUGAUGAUAUCAACUUUUUGGCCAAGGUUGCAGAUUUUUAUGGUGCGCUGCCAGUCGUUUCAAGGUCAUUGGAUACAGUAUUCUUCCGAAGCCCAGAAUUCAUCGAGCAAAUACCUGAUCAUGCUGGCUCUCUCUUGAAGAUUGCCUACCAAUUCAGAAAUCGAACUCUGUACAAGGAAUGCAUGAUUUAUGUUGCUGGUCGGUGGAAAAGCGACCCUUGCAUAACAGAAGAUGAUAUGGAUCUUCGCAUCCGAGUUCUCGCUGCAUAUGGAAGCGUUUGCGACAAACUUGUCACAGCGAAUCAUGCUUUGAUCAAUUUGGUUGCAGAUCAGUAUUUGGAUAAAAAAAUCCAUGAAGAGCUACGUUGUAUGGCGGAAAACUACUGCUGGUCGCUAGCCGCUUAUUAUCGAGAAUUUUACGAUAAACACUACACUCCGGAUAUCGAUCGGGUUCUGACUAAGGUACUGACUAGUAGUCUAAUCCUUGAUCCUUCUAAACUUGGAGCAGGUCAAGGGAAGUUCAGAGAUUUUUUUGUUUGCGCGGAAAUCGCAGACAAAGAACUCCCGUGGGAUGGAGAAGAAGAAGACUGGUAG